GUAGGGGGUUGACGUGCUCAAAUCAUCCAAUCAGAGAAGAACUGUGAUGACGCGUAACUCCAGCAAGUUUCCAUGAAUAAAUCUCACAGAACAGUAAAAUGCCAUACGCGCAGCACGUAGCCUUAAGAUGAAGGGUAAGUUCAUAAACGGGGUUUCCUCAUCACCUUCAAUGUCUCUGGGCUUAUUGGUGACCGAGAACGAGCUUCAUGUUCAGCCUGAUACCGAGUCAGCCUGCAAAGCUAUACGCGCAGAUGAGCCUGACCCUGAGACCAAGCAUAAUGCGUAUCUGUGGUGUAAAGAAUUUCUGCACGGGGCCUGGAGGGCCAUUAAGGAAGAGGAUUUUCAGAUAACCAUAAUCAGAGGGGGUCUCAGCAACAAGCUGUUCCUCUGCGCAGUACCCGAGGAUCAGCGAAGCAUUGGGGACGAGCCAAGGAACGUGCUACUUCGCAUAUACGGAGCCAUACUGCAGAUGUCCUGCAAUAAAGGAGAAUCUGGACAGUCAAACACAGAAAAUCAUUUUCAAGGAGCUGAGGCGAUGGUCAUGGAAAGUGUGAUGUUUGCCAUCCUGGCAGAGAGGCAGCUUGGGCCUAAGCUCUAUGGCAUCUUUCCCCAGGGAAGACUGGAACAGUAUGUUCCGAGCCGCAAGCUUACCACAGAGGAACUGGGAGAUCCUAGUUUAUCUCCUGAGAUUGCAGAGAAAAUUGCUAAGUUCCACAAGAUGAGGAUGCCUUUUAACAAAGAGCCAAAAUGGCUGUUUGGCACUAUGGAAAAGUACAUGAAUCAGGUGCAAAGGCUGACCUUCACCAGAGAGAUCCAACUCCAUAAAUUCAACCAACUUAUGAGCUACAACCUGCCUCAGGAGAUGGAGAACCUCAGGUGUCUCUUGGAAUCAACCCCAUCUCCUGUUGUUUUCUGCCACAAUGAUUUGCAAGAAGGAAACAUUCUUCUUCUAAGUGGCCAGGAGAACAUAGAAAAGCAGAAACUUAUGCUGAUCGACUUUGAGUACAGCAGCUACAACUACAGAGGAUUUGACAUAGGAAACUUUUUCUGUGAAUGGAUGUAUGACUACAACUGUGACACACCUCCGUUUUUCAGUAUCAAUACCAAGAAUUAUCCAACCAAAGAUCAGCAGAUGCAAUUCUUUCAAAGCUACCUUUCUGAAUAUGACCCUGAACUGGCAAAAUUGAGCGAGGAAGAUCAGCUAAAAAUGAAAGAGGAUAUGUUGGUGGAGGUUAACAGGUUUGCCCUGGCAUCACACUUUUUCUGGGGCCUGUGGUCCAUAAUUCAGGCGAGACUAUCCACAAUCGAGUUUGGCUACAUGGACUAUGCCAAAGCCAGAUUUGACGCAUACUUUGAGCUGAAAAAGGAGCUGGGUAUUUAAAAGCUGUGUUAUUUCACAAGGGACAGUGAACCUAAGACGAGCAGAGUAAAGACUGCAGACCUGGAUUUUGAAUUUGAUAAAAAGCAGCUGCUUUGCUACUGUGAUAUUUAUAUGGUGCUGCAUGGUCUAAAAUCGACACUACUCACCUUUCCAUGGCCUAACGUGUUCAACAGUGUACCAUGCUUUUUCUCAGAGUUUAUCUCAGUGUUUCAGCUCCAAAAGCUCAACACAUUUACCUGAUUCUGAAUGCUUGUAGGCUUUAAAGAACGAAAGAAAGAAAAAUGCAUAUAUGUAAAAUUAUCAUUACAGUCAUAGGUGGGCUUUUGAAGAAAAAAAAUAGAUAAAACUACCAAACUAACACUUAGAAGCUAGACUCUACCAGAUUUGGUGGAAGAACUUCAGCCCAAAGAGCAACGUGUGUUUGCUUUUGUUAUGGCAGGUAAUCUCUGCUCCAUUAUCUUUACAACCUGUGCUAGGUUAAUGUGAAAAAGUGAGGUUUACAAGCAUGGACCUGAAGCUAUAGAGUGGUACAACAGACCAAACUCAUUUGGCAUGGUGGAUUUUCAGAGCUGUGAGACCUGUAUACACUCAUCCAAAUUUUUUGUGUGAAGCCUUAUUGUGGUUUGUUUACCUCUCUUUCUCUACUUGAACAGCUACUAGAAUGUUUGUUUUUAAUGGGUGUAGGUCAUGAGGGUAAUAGUGUGAAAAACAAAUACACUGUGAGACCUGGCCACAUGUGUAUACUUGGGAAAACAUGAUGAAGGAUGUGAUCUGAUUCAAAAUUAAGAACUGGACUUAGAAAAGCUAGUUCUGUUGGUCUACUGGAUCUGUUUCACAUUGUGGAUACAGUGGUGAACUAACUCAUGUUGAAAUUUGUGAUUUGUAAAUUGUAAUAAAGUAUGUUGCUCUAGAAAUAGAGCAAAAUAUUUUAGUAAUAAAACACAGUUGUAUGUACACAAAACUCAUGUUACAAAUUAACAAUUCUUCCAUUAUUUCAUAGUUGGCUUAUGUGAUCUUUUCUCCACGAGAUAAAUUAUUUUUUACUUAGUUUUUUCAACUGUGUAAUAACAGUAUUUUCUCAUUUUCUCUGCGUUUAUUAUAUUCCUUUAUCAUUUCCCUGGUAUAAGUUAAACUGUGAUAAUCUUUUAAAAAUAUUUUACAAUCGUAGCUCCUUUUUUUAAAUAUAACAUUUGUUAUAUUUGUCUGCAGAUGUAUGGUAUAGUGAUGAUAUAUUUUUAUUUUUAACAUUGCUGUGAGUGUCACUCUAUACGAGUCAUAUAAAAAGUAUUUCUAUAUGAAACUUUGCUUUUUUUCCUUUAAUGGAAGAGGUAUUUUUCUUAAUAAGAAAGUGUGUUUUGUGAGGGGAUUUAAAUAUUGCUAAUUCUUUUUUCUUUUACAUCUUAACUGUGACAUGUAAAUAGCUUUUGUUUGUUUUAUACCCAAUGUUUUGAUGCUGUAAUUAUUCAUAUUCUAGCAAUGUAAUCACAAAUUUCAAUAAAAAACAAAGGGUCCAAUGGAAAACACAGUUGUAUAUUAGUGAAUGUAAUGAUAAAUUAAUAAUUUACUUCAGUUUUAAACAAUAUUUUGUCUCUGACUUCAUCAUGUACAAUACUACAGGGGAAUUCAAAACCAAUCUAUAGUUUGAUCCACUGUUUGCUCUUUUUGUAUUGUAAUAAAAGGAGAAAGAAGCUUUUGAAUUUAACAUGAACUAACCCUGUUCUGUAGUGAAUGCUUUGCUCAUGAACUAUAAAUAAAAGUAUGCAGAAUGA